GUGUUACAUUCCCUGAUGCUGCUCAUAUUUUUGGAACAGAUAGAAGAUGCUCGAAUGAAUCUUUCUAACAUUGAAUAUGACUUGGAUGCUCUACAGAGAAUGAUUUCUGGUUUGGAUGGCAAAAUUGGUUCAUUGGAAUAUAAACAGGAUCUUGCCAAUGCUGGCGUGUGGUACCUUUGUAAUAUGGUUGGUGGCAAGAAAGUGAACAUGCCUGAAGCUCUGCAGGAGCAACUUAAACUUUCCGGUAAAUCUCGUGCUUUGCUUACAUCAGGAACACCAACUCCAAAGGGUCUGAAAAACGUUGCAGAUAUUUUAUCCGUAAGUAAGAAGUAUUCAGGAAGAGACGGUAUUGAUAAUUUGGAUGAAGAGCCGAGAAGCCUGCAGAAGUUUGAUUCAUAUUUUUUUGAAACCUUUACCCUAUGCUCGAAUAAAUAAGGGAAA